GACUCACAUGUGACGAUGUGUUUGUGCACAGUGCACUUGUGCUACAAUUCUACAUACCUAACUGUUAAGUUUAAAAUGUCGAAUAGAGACUGAGAAACUGAGCCAAGAUCAGAGAUUACUUAAUAAGAACAAUUGAAACAGUUUGUUUAUUAUUUUAUAUGAAAUUCAAUAUUUCAUUUAAUUCAAUAUAAUGGAAGAAAUUAUUGUGACCCCUUGGUCUGCUGAUUCAGAGUGGCAGUUGCUUAGGCAAGACAUAUAUGGUAGUAAAGAUACACGCAACUACAAACAAGCUUUAAGAAAACUUUUAUUAUGGAAAUCUAGAGGAAGAUCAUUAUCUCGAGGUUUAUAUUGCACUGAAAUGAUUUUACAAGUCAUCGUUAAAGAUGUCCAUUUUUAUGAAGUCGAUGAACUUAUCAGUGAAAGUGAUUUAAUUCAUUUAUAUUCUAUGGCUAUAAUGAAGUUUGUCAAUUUGACAGCUGAUGUUUUGGGAAAAGGUCCUCAGAAGUCAAUGUAUUAUAGAGCAUCUUGUGUAGAACUUCCGUCUUGGUUAAUUGAUAUGCGACAUAAAAUUUCACAUGACCAAGAUUUACCUAGUCUAAAAUCUUUAAGAGCAGCUAUGGAAUUUGCACUAGAAUGGUUACAAACAAAAUAUUGGAAUGAAGAUGAUAAUUUUCUAGUUUUUGCAAAAAAAUUAAACAUGAAUAUUGUUGAUGAAUUUAUAGACUUAUUGGAAUUUUAUACAUUAAGCAAAAGUCAAACUAAUUCUGCCCUUAAAGAAAAACAACUAAAUGUUUUGAGAGAGAAGUUAACAUUUUCGGAAUCUUAUUCAAAUAAAGAAUGUAUAAAAAAAAUGAAAGACCUUUUAGCAAAUAAAGAUUGGUCUUCAGAUUUAGUUAAUGUAUUUACUACACGGUACUUACUUCAAGCUCAUGAAUGUAAUGUUUCUAAAGGUAGAAUUUCCAAGACAGAUAAAGCAAUCUGGAAUGUUUUACUAAAAACAUUAAACAAUUCUGGUUUGCUGACUAAUGUAUUACUGUGUUUGGUUACUCAACAUUCACGGAUAGCGGCCCUGUGGGUUUUGGAACUGUGUAUAAUUGCAUAUAAAAGCAGCAAAAAAAUUGAUUUGAAUGAUAACCAAAAUGACAACUGUAUGAACUGCAAGCCUUUGAAGUUGGAUACAAAUCUUGUUUUAAGAACUGCAUUGCAAUCACCACAUCCAUACACUAUUAUAUUUUUAAAAUGGUUGUUACAAAUACAAUUGAAUCCAUUAACAGUAAAACAACGGUACAACAUUAUCAAAUUAGUAUCAUUGUAUACAGGCACAGUUAAGGUUAGCUCUAAAAAUAUUGAUCAUAAUGUAUUUACAGUUGAUGAUUUGAUCAGUAAAGAUGUAACUGAUAGUCAAUCACAAUGGUCAAGAGUUAUUGGUCAAAUGAAUUGGAGACAAAUACCAUUUGGCACUACUCUGUGAACAUUUGCAAACUAAUAAAAGUAGUACAUUUAAGAAACAUCAUUAAAAUACUUUUUUUCUUUUUA